GGGCCAGUUUACAAGGACCGGCAUUGUCUAGACAGAUUAGUAUAUCAAAGAAAUCUAAAGUUGAUAAUGCGUCAAAGACUGUCUGUAGAAGGAGCUUGUUUAGUCUGAAUGAAGUCAAAAUGGAGGGAGGAGAGAGAAGCAGCAAAGGAAGGAAGAGACAUAGGGAAAAGUCAAAGGAUGAUGUAGUUGCAAUGGAGACACCUGUCAAGAAGCAAGUAGAAAACUAUCGUCUUUUCAAAUUACAAAGAAACAGAAGUAAACUAGGGGUGGACUCAAUGGAAGACGUGUCAUUUAUUGAUGAAUCACCUCAACGAUCAUUUUAUUCCUCAAAAUUAAAAUUAACUAACCAGACUGACAUACAAUUCAAUACACCUCCAUAUAAACCAAGUGGAAAUACAGUACUCAAUAAGGAUCCUUCUCCUGCUGUCCUUCAUUCAUUAUUACAUGGAGAAUGGGUGACACCCUCUACCACAGACACCACGCCCACUAAUAACCCAACCACACCCACAAGAUCUCGAGCCCCGCCCCCACCACAAUCCCCCGACAUGUUCACUGAUAAUAUUUUAAGAUCCUAUGCCAGUGCAAGGACUCUCACUUACUCUCCUCUUGCUGCUGCUGGUUUUAAAACUCCUAUCAAGUCAGAAUCUUUUAGUUCAGACCUCUCUGUUCCUACCACUCCUCUUCGCUCUAUUUUAAAGACUCCAGACAAGACCACGCCCAAACGAAAAAGCGUUAGUUUUGGCGAGAGUGACGAAAGUGUGUCGAUAGCAACAAUGUGCGUCCCACUAGAGGGUGACAGUGCUUCAAUGAUGGCGUAUAAUUUGAGUACUCCCACUAAAGAUAGAAUAACUGAUUUUAAAGGAUUGUUUUAAAAUAAUUUUUAUAAACAAUAAAAAUAUA